AGCAGCGGGGAGGGGGGAAAAAAUCAAAGAAUUUUCAGUGGGCGUGUUUUCAUCCAGCUAACGGGACUGGGUGAGGCAGAGGCGCAGAAGUUGGUACUUUUUCCAGAUCCGCACAGUAAAUCAGUCUUAACUGCGCUAAUUCAGUGAUAAUCAGCGUUUUCUAAUACAAGACAAUGCGCUAAACGGACCAGCUGUUACAGCUCACGUGCGUCUUUUCCAUCUGCCGCUCGCGUGAGAAGUAAUGAAACUUUAGCCGUCAGGUACCGUCUAUUAGCGUCUUGAACUUAACAGCGACCAUGCAGAGCGACAAACCUGAGCCGACAGAACCCAGCGAGGUCGCCGAGUGUCCGGACACAAAGAGCGGUUCUGCCGCGGMGGAGAAAACGUCGAGCGACGUCGUCGUGGGAGCAGCAGAGUCCGCCAAACCCAAGGGGAUAAGCGCCGUCGCGGUGCUGUGGACGUUCGGCAAAUGUCUGGGCGCCCUGCUCCCCGUCUACCUGGCCGGUUACUAUCGGGUCAGCACCAGCCUGCUGGUGUGCGGCAUGAUGGUGUACACGGGAUGGAAACAUGCCCGGGAGGCGAAGGAGGAGCGCCUCAGGUCAGCUAUGCAGCUCAUGGACAACGAGGAGGAGUGUGCGUUCAGGAAAGGGUCCAGAAUCAAGCGAGACCUUCCUGCAUGGGUAAAUUUUCCAGAUGUGGAAAAGGUUGAAUGGCUGAACAAGGUACUGCAGCAGGUGUGGCCCUUUGUUGGCCAGUACAUGGAGAAGCUGCUGGUUGAAACCAUCGCUCCGUCCCUCCGAGCUUCAAGCACCCACCUCCAAACACUCAGUUUYACCAAGGUGGACAUGGGAGACAAGGCCAUGAAGGUUGUGGGGAUCAAGGCCCACACAGAGAAUGACAAGGGACAAGUUCUGCUCGACCUGUACAUUAGCUAUGUUGGGAAUGCAGAGAUCAACGUGGAAGUGAAACGAUACUUCUGCAAAGCAGGAGUCAAAGGAAUUCAGCUACAUGGGAUGAUGCGCGUGAUUCUGGAGCCUCUGAUUGGAGAUGUGCCCAUUGUAGGAGCGGUCACCAUGUUUUUCAUCCGUCGACCCAAACUAGACAUCAACUGGACUGGACUGACUAAUUUAUUGGACGUCCCUGGACUAAACGUCAUGUCGGACAGCAUGAUUAUGGAUGCCAUUGCUUCGUUCUUGGUGCUGCCCAACCGUCUCGUUGUCCCCCUGGUUCCCGGUCUGCAUGUGGCUCAGCUGCGCUGUCCUUUGCCCAGGGGGGUGGUACGCAUCCACCUGCUUGAGGCACAGAACCUGGCAGCCAAAGACAACUAUGUGAAAGGAGUCAUGGCUGGCUUAUCGGACCCCUACGCCAUAUUAAGGGUGGGGCCUCAGACCUUCACCUCCAAACAUAUUGAUAACACAGACUGCCCCAAGUGGGGAGAGAUGUAUGAGGUGAUAGUCCAUGAAGUGCCAGGUCAGGAGCUGGAGGUGGAAGUUUAUGACAAAGACCCAGACAAGGAUGAUUUCCUAGGAAGAACCACAUUGGAUUUAGGCAUUGUGAAGAAAUCCAUAGCUGUUGAUGAUUGGUUCACUUUGAAAGAAACCCCAUCAGGACGGGUUCAUUUCAGGCUGGAGUGGUUGGCUUUGCUGCCAAACACUGAGCAGCUAGAGCAGGUUCUAAAGAGGAACGAGAGCGUCGCCAGCACAACCUCCAACCCCCCUUCUUCAGCAAUCUUGGUUGUGUAUCUCGACAAGGCUGAGGCACUUCCCAUGAAGAAGGGUAAUAAAGAGCCCAACCCCAUGGUGCAGAUAUCUGUGCAGAACAUCACUAAAGACAGCAAGAUUUGUUACACAACUGUUAAUCCAGAGUGGGAGGAAGCUUUUACCUUCUUCAUCCAAGAUCCUAACAAACAGGAYAUUAGCAUUCAGGUGAAGGAUGCUGACCGCGUGCAAUCAUUGGGCAGUCUGAGCAUUCCUCUGUCCCGCCUGCUGGCAAAUGCCAAUCUUUCUCUAGACCAGUGGUUUCAACUGGAACAUUCUGGAUCAGCGAGUCGCAUCUAUGUCAACGCAGUUCUCAGGGUCUUGUGGUUGGACGAAGAGCGCAUUUCAUCAGAUGUGUCGUCUAAUUUGGCAGCUGGACUGUCCAAACAGCUGGCCCAACAAACCUCCCCUCAUUCUAGCUUUGCUACAGAGGGUCUGCUUAGAAUCCACCUGCUGGCGGGCCAGAAUCUUAUUCCAAAAGAUAACAUGAUGGGCGGCAUGGUGAAAGGCAAGAGUGACCCCUAUGUCAAGAUCAAUAUAGGGGGCGAAACAUUCACAAGCCAAGUUAUUAAGAGUAAUCUUAAUCCCACCUGGAAUGAAAUGUAUGAGGUGAUUCUAACCCAGCUCCCAGGCCAGGAUCUACACAUGGAGGUGUUUGAUAAAGACGUGGACAUGAAAGAUGACUUCAUGGGCAGGUUGAAGAUAAGUCUGAAGGACAUCACUGAUUCUCAGUACAUUGAUCAGUGGUACACUCUGAGUGACGUGAAGUCUGGUCGAGUUCACCUCGUCCUGGAAUGGGUUCCAACGUCUUCAGAACCAGACAGAUUGGAUCAGGUUCUUCAGUUCUACUCCAGACAGUCGUACCAGAACAAGGCCGUGCCCUCAGCGGGUCUGCUGUUUGUGUUUGUAGAACAGGCAGACGGUUUACCUAUUAAAAAGAGUGGAAAGGAUCCAAAAGUGGGAGUGGAGUUAACUCUUAGAAAGAUAUCUCGUAAAACAACAGUGUGUGAUCGCACAACAUCACCCAAGUGGAACGAGGCGUUCUGCUUCCUUGUUCGUGACCCAAGAGAGGAUGUCCUUAUUGUUAAACUCUCACACAGCUGGACCCUGCCAAUCGGCUCUUUGGUAGUUCCCAUCAAAGAGCUGCUGUCUGAACCAGAGCUGGUUCUGGACCAGUGGUUCCAUCUGGAUGGAGCCUCACCAGAGAGUCAGAUCCUACUGAGGACUGAGCUUAAAAUGCUGAUUCCUAGCAAAUGCCCUGGCGCUACAGAAAAGGCUAAAAUCACUGCAGCGUCAGACCCUGCUCCAGAUAAACACCAGCAGGAAACAGACACAGUGCUGAGAUCAAGUUCAGUGGAUACUCCUCCUGUUGAGACUAUCGUCUCCUCAGUGGCUUUGGAUGAAGAGGUUAAAGUAAAGGAAACAGCAGUUGAUGUGAAUGAAGAUAAGAUGGAAGAAUCUCUAAGUCCUGCUAUCACACGACCCCCUCAUACAUCCCCAGACUUCACCUUUGCCAGUGAGGGGCUGCUGAGGAUCAUCUUAUUGGAGGCCCAGAAUCUGGUUGCUAAAGAUAACCUAAUGGGUGGGAUGAAGAAGGGCAAGAGUGACCCGUAUGCAAAGAUCAGCGUYGGGGGGCUUGUGUUUAAAAGCGCUGUGGUCAAGGAGAAUCUUAACCCAGUGUGGAAUGAGCUGUAUGAGGUGGUGCUGAGGCCUCAGUCAGGUCAGGAGGUGCAGGUGGAGCUGAACGAUAAAGAUAUGGACAAAGAUGAUUUCUUGGGCAGGUUCAAAGUCAGUGUUUCAGACAUAAUUCGUUCCCAGUACACAGACCAGUGGUACACUCUGAAUGAUGUCAAGUCUGGUCGAGUUCGUCUCAUCCUGGAGUGGGUUCCAGCUGUAUCUCAUAAUGACAACCUGGACCAGGUGAUGCAGCUGCAGUCUCUUCAGUCGUACCAGAACAAGUCUGUUCCUUCUGCAGCGCUGCUCUUUGUUUAUGUGGACAGAGCACACUUGUUGCCUUUUAAGAAAAGUGGGAAGGAACCCAAAGCUGGUGCUGAGCUUGUGUUUGGUAGCACAACAUACAAAACCAAGGUAUGUGAUCGCUCCAGAUCACCACAGUUGAGUGAGGCCUUCCACUUCCAGGUUCGUGACCCUAAAGAGGAGAUGCUCAUAGUGAAGUUGUCCAGUGCGUGGGAUCAGCCAAUGGGCUCUGUGGUUCUUCCUGUGAGGAAGCUGCUGUCUGAACCACAGCUGGUCCUGGAUCAGUGGAUGCAUCUGGAUGGAGCUUUACCUGAAAGUGAAAUCCUCCUCAGGGCUGAGCUGAAGAUCCUUGACACACGGAUGACAGAAGUUCCAAAGCCUUCUGUGUCUGAUUCAAAAAAAGAAGUUCUGAUCACUCCUGCUGAAAACACUGCAAAGAUACCUGACAAAGAGGAAAAAAGCUCCAAGUUGCCAACAAAAGAGUCUUCAGAGUCAGACCAGCCGGCACAACCUGAGGCCAAAGUUAACACUUUCCCCUCUACUAAAGCAGUGGAAGAACCAACAAAUAAAGCUGAGCAUCCCACACCGCCACACACAUCUGUUAACUCUGAAGCACAGCGAGGCCAAACAGAAGGAACUGGUUUAGAAGGUCUUGCUCAGGCCACGGUCACAAGUUUUCCCACAGAUUCUGUGGCGCCAGCAGAAGUCCCAGAAAUCUCCAAAGUGGCUCCAAGUCUUCCACCACACACAGCUCCAGGCCCGAACUUUGGUAAAGAGGGGGUGCUGAGGAUCCACCUGCUGGAGGCCCAGAACCUGGUAGCAAAGGAUAACAUGAUGGGGGGCAUGGUGAAGGGCAAAAGUGAUCCUUAUGUCAAGAUAAACGUGGGCAAUUUUAAUUUCAAGAGUCAUGUGAUCAAAGAGAACCUAAACCCAACAUGGAAUGAAAUGUAUGAGGUUGUUUUGAGUGGACUCGGCGAUCAGAGCAUCAUGUUUGAUGUGUUUGAUAAAGAUCUAGAUUCUGAUGACUUCCUGGGAAGAUUCAGUGUUCAUCUAAAUGAGGUCGUCAGAUCACAGUACAUAGACCAGUGGUUCACACUGAAGGAUGUCAAAUCUGGAAAAGUUCACCUGAUACUAGAGUGGGUUCCCACUGUGUCAAACACACAGAGACUUGAACAGGUGCUGCAGCUUCCGUCUCUGCAGUCCUAUCAGAACAAAGCUGCCCCCUCUGCAGCUCUGCUCUUUGUCUACAUACAGGCAGCACAUUCACUACCUUUUAAAAAGAGUGGAAAAGAACCCAAAGCUGGAGCUGAGCUUGUUCUGGGUGAAACAACAUACAAAACCAAACUGUGUGACCGCAGUGCCAGUCCUCAGUGGAAUGAGUCGUUCUACUUUUUAGUCCAUGACCCUAAACGACAGAUCCUUGUGGUGAAGCUGUCCAGUGGUUGGGACCAGCCAAUGGGGUCUCUCGUGGUUACAGUUAAGGAGCUGCUUGCAAAACCACAGCUGGUCAUGGACCAGUGGUUCCACCUGGAUGGAGCCUCACCUGACAGUCAGCUCUUACUGAGAGCUGAGCUCAAGAUUCUGAAUUCCAAAAUGGUGGACAUGAUCGGUGCGGGGACACUGCCCUGUGCUGCUCCUGGACCUGGAAAUGGGCAGGUGAAGCUGUCUCUUUCAUAUGCUUCAAGGGAGAGGAAGCUUGUUGUUAUCGUCCAUGCCUGCAGASGUCUGCUGUCACAAAGUAAGGAUGGUGUCGACAGCUACGUCUCCCUCAUGCUGCUGCCAGAUAAAAGUAAGGCCACCAAGAAAAAGACAGCCGUGAAGAAAAAAGACAUAAACCCAGAGUUUAAUGAAAGGUUUGAGUACGAUCUGGCCGAGGAUGAGACCAGAUUCAGGCGCCUCAGCGUAUCGGUGAAAAAUAACUCUGCUUCGUUCAGGAGCCGGGAUGUUGUUGGGCAGGUGCAGAUUGAGUUGGCUCAGUAUGACCUGAUGUCUGGAAUCACAGACUGGUUCACUCUGAACGACGAAGCUGAAUAGUCGCUCUGCUCGCUAAACUUUUGCAGUGAUGAGAAUUAAAUCACCUACUUGACUCUCUGCUGUUACCCACUGUUGCCUUCUCCUUCAACACGUUUGCACUUCUGUCACAGUUCCACCUGCAUCCUCCCAGCUCACUGUGUAUUAACAUGAAGUAUAAAAAUGGACUGCACUGCUGAGUACAUAUCUAAUCACCAAAGAUUAUAAAACGAAGUAGCUAAGUUAAGAAAGGAUAAAACUUUAGGUCAUUUUAAAGGGAACUUUUCUGAGAGAAAAUGUGUUUUAAGAUGGAGCUGAGAAAGUUUAAAUGAAAGAUUUGUCUUUGUUGCCUUUAAAAUCAUUUUAAGUCAGAAUGUCUUGUUUGAGGUGCACAAAUAUUUUAGAAGACAGCUUUGUAUGUUUUGUUGAUUGAUGUUGGAUAUUUCAGUAUUUAAACCUUAUAGCCUUACAGUAAACAGCACUUUGCCAUAUCUUGCUUUUAAAUCAUUUUUCUAUGUUUAUUUUUUACUGCUGAGGCACAUUUACUUAAUAGACUUCAAACUUGUUUGUUUUUGUGUAUAUUUGCAAAGAUUUAAGAUCAGAUUGUACACGGUUUGCUGAAAAGUGUUUAAAAGAUUAAACAAAUUUUACAGCUUU